UGCUGAUUGGCGUUAUCAAGCAACGAUCAAGAAAGGACAUCUUUGGUUAAUUUCCCAAGGAGGACUGGAUUUAAUUUAACAAGUGCUAAGUUGAACACAAUACAACAGGUGGCAGUAAUGCAACCCUUUGGAUAACAACUGUCUUAAAACACCAAGGAAGAAGAAGAAGAAGAAGCUAUCAAGCAACAAAACAAAUCCAGAGGAAAGACGCGGGCGUUUCGCUAGUGCAGUGUUUGUUUAGGUGGCGCGUAUGUCACAGUCAGCGCAGCCCGGGACGAUGCCCACAGCCCCGGAUUCCCCCUCUCUGAGCGUCACCGUCAGCGGGAAUGUGCAGAAAUACAGCAUCAAGAAGAAAAAGGUCUUAAAUGCAGAGGAGACUGAGCUGUUCGAGCUCACUCAGGCUGCUGGGAUAGUCAUUGAUCAAGAGGUUUUCAAGAUCAUAGUGGACCUGUUGAAGAUGAACGUUGCUCCUCUGGCAGUCUUUCAGACCCUAAAGACCAUGUGUGCAGGGCAAAAGGUCUCUGAUACAUCCAACGGUGACACAUCCACAGCGUCCCACACCACCACUGCACCUUCAGAGUCUAGAGAAGAAGAGUGUGUGGUCUCAGGAAAAAGCUCUAAAACUGCAGCCCCUCCCUCUGCAACGGUGCCCCGCCCACCUAGGGGAGGGGCUAAGAUAGUGGUCUACAGCGCGGGUGACACGAGCGCUCCUGUCUCUCAAGUACGCAGUAAAACAAGUUCAGGGCAAGGGGAGAAAUCAGCAAGAGACGGUUCUAGCCAACGUGUGCCACGGCAGGUCAGUGCCACCAGGGGGCAGAAGAGCGCCAAGAGCUCUGGCAGCAGCAGCUCGUCAUCUCAGCUCACCUCUAACUGAAGUUCUUCACGAAUUAAACAACACAUACUAAACUUGCUUGAAUUACAUGCCUAUGUUCUGUUGAAGAAGGUUUCUGUACAAUUGGCAGAAACUUCACUGUUAACAAAAAGUUAAGUUAUUUUAGGGAUCUCAUUCGGGAUGUCUUCAGUGUUGCCUGAAAAAGACUUGCUUUGCAUCAAAUUUGCAUCUUGCCCAGGGAGACUGUAGCUGAAGCACUUGUAUGGAAUUUUGUAUGCCAUAUUGUCAGCAGUUUAGAUUACACUUUCACACCAAGACAAUUUGAGAAAAACAAUGAAAAUCUUCAAACCUUUCCCUUCUGAAAUUUAGCUUGGGGCUGCUGUCAACCAGAUCUGUUUUAAGUUGUUCUUGUGUAAGACACUUAAAAUGUCUUGAGAGACUGUGAUGUCUAGAUGAACAUUAGUCAUCAUUUUCACUUGUGAAAUGUGUUUUGUUUUUUUUGUUUUUAAACAUUUUCUUUUAUCUAAUUUUUUGCAAGUACAGUACAUCUUUGUAUUUGAGUAAAAAUAUACCCUAUCUAA